GGACUUCUGCAGCAGUUACAGUGGUACAAAGAAUACGUAUUUAUCUACUUUGCUGUCUGCUGUGUCGACGCACUCAACACGCUCAUCUGCUUUAGCUUCUCGCUAGCGCUUUCCCGCAACCGUGUCUGUUUUUUGAAUUCCCUUGUUGGAAGCCUAGGCUGGCUAUUAAAGAUCACAUAUAUACUGUUCUUUUUAUUGUUGUUGUAAGCAAACAAGAUGAGCAGCGACCAAGGCGACGCGCAGCUUGGCAAGGUCGCGGCCUCCUCAACACCGGCGGCGGAAGAGGACCACGGGAGGACCAGCCUUGCUGAAGCCGCACCGCAAGACGCGAGCACAAACGCACCCGACGCAACAAUGGAGUCGGUCGCCACCGCCCCCACUGCCACCUCGUCCGCUACGGCAGACGAAAACGUCCCACCAGACACCAGUGUGUCCACGUCAGCAUCACAGGCUCGGAUGCAGAGCGCGCUGGCAGCGCUGAUGCAGGUGCUCGACAGCGACGACGUCGCCACAGCGACCACCUCGCUUCGCUCCGUGCAAAAAAUGUGCAUGCGCGUCCCGCACCUCUCCGAUGUCCUGACUCGGCCGCAGCGCCUUCGGCUCUACACGCUUCUGCUACUGGAAGACGGCAACGAUGGCAAGACAGUGUUGCCCGAGUCGUGGACGGCGUACACGGAGAAGGCGCUCGAGACGCACAUCGCCGUAGCGCAGCAAGCCGCCGCACUCUUUUCGCCGUCGCUGCACAUCACGGUGGACGAACUGGCCGGCCUCUUCUACCACCUUGGUGCAGAGACGGCGUUCUACUUCAACCCAGAGAUGAUCGACGUGGUUUUGUGUGUGACCUACGUCGUCGCCGGUGGCCGGUCCACCGACAAGAACACGCUGCUUCGCAUCCUCUAUCAGCUCCUGUGUGUCCUGCAGAAGGAUUUUUUGGUGUCGACGGCCUCGCGACUGUACGAGCCGGCCACCACGGCGCUGCUUCGGCUGACGCUGCAGUUUUAUGAUCCGACGCUUGCCACGCACAUGGACCAGCAGCAGGUGGAGGUGGGCAGCUUCGUGCUGGAGUGGUCGCGUCGCCUGCUGGUCCUGCACGCUGACUACGAGACGGCGUUGAAGGUGCUGGACUGGGUACUUAUUCUGGGCGAUCCGGUUAUGAUCCCAUACGUGGCACAGGCGUACCUCAUUACACACCGGCAGCAUCUCUUGUCGCUGCAGACGAAGCAGGAGCUGACGGUGUGCUUGCGUGAAGUGCGGUUUGUACUGCCAGGGUCCAAGAGCGAGGCGGUGGAUCCGAAGCUGGUCGACGGCCGCGCGACCGCCCUCAUGCCGGUCUGGAGCGGCAAGUCCCUGCUCCAAAAUGCGGAUCUGCUCUACCGCGUCACCCCGCUGUCCACGCAGCGCAUGCUGGACUUCUGCCUCUACCCUGACGUGGGUACGCUGAACAAGACACCAGAGGAUCUGCAGCAGUACUACGCCAACACGCCGUGUCUCCCGCUGGAGCGCUCGGACUUGGCAUCCGCCUUUGCCAAGCGGGGCAGAAGCUCGACAGACGAGCGGGAGGCAGAGGCGGAGUUGCCGUCGCGCGAGUACAUCAUUGUGGACUGUCGCUCCGCUGCCAGCUUCAACUACGUACGCCUACCCACGGCGAUCCUCGUCGGUGAUGUCCUUAGCUACCAGCAAGAGGAGCUGGAGGAGGCGAUGCGUCGGUUAGAGUCGUGCCGUGGUCGUGCGCUGGCGCUCUUCGGUACUGGUCGGCCGAUCGUCGAGGAGGUGAAUCUGCUGAAGGUGCUUGCCCUAUUUCUGAUCAACAAGAAGGCGUUUCCAUUUGUCUGCAUCGUGCCGGGCGGCUUCAAGACAACGAUUCCGCUGCUGCGCAACCGCGUUAUCGAUGCCGUGUUGAGCCCCGCAGCGGCCGCCUCUCUCGACUCGACGGCCACAUCGACCGGCGUGAACUGGGGCCAGCAGGCCUCCAACACGGCGCACAACAUCAGUGCGAAGCUGAGCGAGAUUUCCGAGCUGCUGCCGCACGUCGAGACGGCCGAGGUGCGGCAAAAAGCGGAGGAGUUCGGGUCGAAGGCGAAGGAGAGCGUGGCGGCGGCCGGGACGUGGGGCUGGGGGAUGAUGCAGCGCCUGCGCGAGGGCCUCAGCGAAACCCGCGAGCACGCGUCCUCGGUCCUCUCCUCGGUGGCGACCAAGGUGAACUCGGCCCAGGCGGCCACCGCGGCUGGUGCUGGUGCUGAUGGUGUUGCCUCGUCUACGUUUGCGGGUGCCCAGACGCGAUCGUCCAUGACACAGGUGGCCGCAGCCGCCCACCCGUCUUCGCAACCGCCGCAGCAGCAGCAGCAAAUCUUCUCUCUCGGUGAGGUUGGCGAAGAGGAUGAUUUGGACCUCAUCACGUCUAUUCCGACACGCCCCAUGCGCGGUACAGUGGUGAAUACCCCGCAGCCCCUUUCCACAACGACGGCGACGACAGCACCAGCACCAUCGAUUCCCACCGCGACCGUCGUCACCGCGACGGUGGUGGAUGGGACGCCAGCAAAUGGGUCGAGCUCACCGCCGGUUGCAGACGUGGUCUCAACGCCGGACCGCGAGCCCCAAGCGCAAGCUGGAUCAACGGAUGCUGUGGCGUCGUCGAAGACUGAGCCCCCCGCCGCCGUCUCGCCAGUCACGGUGCCGCCGUCGACAGGGGCAGGCAAACCGGCCAGCGCUGGAGCAGUGCCGAGAGUGUCCGCCUCGCAGAUUGCCGCCAACAUCGAUGCCGAGUUCGAUGAACUUUUUGGUGAGUUGAACACGAGCCCGCUGCCCACGACACGCAGCUCUGCCUCACCAACAAAGCCGUCAGCCGCAAUCAACGAGGACGACCUUUUCGGCGCUUAA